AAUAUUAUAUAAGAAGAGGUUAUUCUAAUAUAUUUUAUAUCUUUGUUUCGUGUAAGAGUAUUACUUUCUCAAUUACACGAAACAUUUACGUAAGAUCGAACAAAAAUGAAAUAUAUAUUAAGAUUUCAUAAUUCCAUUUUAAUACGACUAAUGUAGCAAACAGAUACUCAACAUUCACUUUUAUCCAGUUGUGCAUAAUACAAUCUGCAAUUUCAUCAUCAACAUUCACCUUUGUUUGUUUGUUAAACAUGUAACUAACGGUAUAUGCGUGUAUAAAAAAAAGAACAAUCAAUUGUCCUCGGAAUGAUAAGGUCAUGAUCAUCCAGAAAGCUACAAUUGUAUAUUUGGAGUAUACAUUACAUUUCUAAAUUUAUCUCUGUUUAGCGUAUCACUCGUGGAAUAUCUCAAUCGACCUCAACUUCUGAACUACUGAAAUAAUACGAGCGAGAAACGAUCUCCGAAGAGAGUCGCCAAGUGAAACGCUUCACGCCGGCGCAGAGCCUUUCAUUAUCCUUCUGGGAUUGAAUCUUCUGAGUGAUGUUGCAAUGUGCGCGGGCGUUUGAAGCAAGGAGUCCAAUAAUGUAUAAAAACUGCAACUGCAUCUUAGAUCUCUCGUGAACGGCAUCUUAAGCACAUCGGUAUUGUGUGCCAUUGUCCUUAGCGGAAAAUAAAUCGGUCUAUACGUCUAUACGUAAGAAAGUGUCACCAUGAUCUGUAAGAUGUCAGUGAGUUUGCUUGCUAUAGCCUUUCUUUUCUUAAUUUUCGUUUCGGAUAGUAAGGCUCAAUUAAAUUUUUCUACCGGAUGGUCCCAAGGAAAAAGAGGUCAAGAUGUGCGGAUUAAAUCGAAUAGUAUAGAUUGUUCGUCGCAAAGUGCGCUGGAACAAUUGUUAAAAUUAUACUCGUUUAUUCAGAUCGAAGCUCAGAAGAUUUUGGAUUGCCAAGUAUUGAAUAAAUAAACCUCAAGGAAGGUGUCAUUGAUUAUACCAACCAGACUUGUGCCAGACUAUUAUUAUAAUCUGAUAAUUAAGAUAAUGUUAUUUCAACAAUAUAAUCUCCAUAUGUCUUAAUACAAUUCUCUUCCUAAUGCUCGAAAGAUACAUUGCUAACUUCUUCUAUCUCAUACACAACGUUAUUUAAAAUUUCUCUGUGACAACGUCAUAAGUAUCUGAAACUUAUUACUUUUAUCUGCCUGCUUUGUACAUAAAAUGUAUUGUAUGUAUGUAUUGUAGCAUGAACUAAUAUUGAAACAAGUGGCAAUUGAUUAC